GACGUGGGGCGGCACCGCGGCAGGAACUUCGACUGGGAUGCCGUGAGGAGGGCUAUCGAGCACUACGAGGAGGCGGGCUACGAGCCUCAGGGCGUGUGCGGGCAGGCCACGCUGAGAUGCAACCCGCCGCCGUCGACAAUCGAGGACAGGAUCGUGCCGUGCCCCGUGAUCGACGAGUGCCGCUUCUCGCAGGGGCCCACGUCCGCCCGGGUGUUCGUCCUGCGGCUGUCGCAGGCGUACGGCUGCUGCUUCGUGGACAACUCCAACUACAGGUUGAGGGUCUGGGAGGAGCACAGCGCGUACGAAUGGUUGCUCGAGCGCGGCCACGGCCUGAAGAUAUCGUACAUCUUCGAUGUCUUCGGGAACUACAUCCCUGCCAGCACUCCAGAGUCGUGCAGCAGCUAG